UUCAGAGAACGAAGUGAACCUUUGCAAGACGCGUCUUUUCAAAUGUUUAUAGUGUUUCUUAAAUUUUGAUUAACAAUGUCGCUAAGUACUUGGUUCGUACCGGAAAUUGUGAGUGUUGUGAUUUUCGGAACGAUCGCAUUGUAUGUUUAUUACAAAUUUUUCAUCUUCAAUUUUUGGCGCAAAAAAGGGGUAUUUUAUAUGGAACCUACUUUUCCAACUGGAAAUAUAACGGCACUUAUUUUUGGUACAAAAUCGCAAGCUGAUUAUGUCAAAGACAUCUAUGAUCGGAACAAAAAGCAUCGCGCCUUCGGCAUAUAUAUGUUCCAAAAACCAUUUUUGGUCGUGAACGAUCCAAGUUUAAUUCGAAUCGUAUUGACAAAAGAUUUCAUGAAUUUUCACGAUCGUGGAGUGUUUUGCAAUGAGAAAACCGAUCCGCUAUCCGGCCAACUGUUUCAAUUGCCAGGAAAGAAAUGGAGAACUUUACGGGUUAAAUUAACGCCAACGUUCACCUCGGGAAAAAUUAAAUCAAUGUUUUUUAUACUGAAAGAAAGUGCAGACAGGUUGGGAAAAUUUUUGGAUGAGCAAGCGAAAAUUCGAGGGACCAUCGAUGUGAAAGACGUUUACGGAAAAUAUUCUAUAGAUAUUAUCAUGUCGGCAGCGUUUGGAAUAAACCUCGACAGUUUUCGAGAUCCUGACAAUGAAUUUAAUUAUUGGGGUAAAAAAGUGUUCGAACCGAAUAUAUUUUGGAACGCUAUUGUUAUAUGGGCUCCUCAUAUACUAGAUAAAUUAUCCAUGCCGUUCACCGAUAGGGGUGUUUCAAAUUUUUUUAUCAAAAUGUUCGAGGACACGGUUAACUACAGAGACGCGAACAACAUUGAGAGGAAAGAUUUCUUAAAUUUAUUGAUGCAGUUAAUGAAGAACGGAUACGUCGAUGCUGAUGAGAAUUCGGACGAAAAAGAUGUUACAAAAAAAACCGAGACUAAAUUAACAAUGCUUGAGGCUGCGGCACAAGCUUACGUCUUUUAUUUAGCCGGAUUCGAAACGUCUUCGACGACGGUCACAUUCUGUUUGUACGAGUUGGCGAAGCAUCAAGAUAUGCAAGACAAACUUCGAGAGGAAAUCCGUAUAGUCACCCAGAAGCACGGUGAAAUAACUUACAAUGCCGUGAAUGAAAUGACUUAUCUUCAUAAAGUGAUCUCUGAAACACUUAGGAAGUAUCCUCCAUUGGUUAUGCUAAAUCGAAUUUGUACAGAAGAGAUAAAAAUAGAGACAACUGAUAUUCAUAUACCUACGGGCACUUCUGUACUGAUACCAGUAUAUGGUCUUCAUCGAGAUCCUGACAUAUAUCCGGAUCCGGAUAAAUUCGAUCCAGAGAGAUUCUCCGAAGAAAAUAUCAAAACCAGACAUCCCUAUGCUUAUUUACCAUUUGGCGAAGGACCAAGGAUUUGCAUUGGAUUAAGAUUUGGUCUGAUACAAUCAAAAGUUGCUAUAAUAAGUAGCUUAUUAAGAAGUAAAUUCAAACUUGCACCGGAUACACCAACUUCGUUGGAAAUGAAGGAAGGAUCUUUGAUAUUAAUGGCAAAAGGAGGUGUACAUUUAACAAUUGAACCGGUGCAAUGAUUGAUGAGAUUGAGAAAUUGCGAUGUUAGUUUAAUUACACUUACCAAAUAUGAAAUUUAAAAAAAGAUGAAUAUUAUAUAACGAAUAUCAGUGUUAAUAAAAGAUGUUCGAAACCUC